UUCCUGGUUCUCCUUUGGCAGCUGGACGGAAAGUACGACGUGGGCGGGGGAGAGCGAUUCGACACGCUGGCCGACUUGGUGGAGCACUACAAGAAAAACCCCAUGGUGGAGAAGUCCGGGGUGGUGGUACACCUGAAACAGCCUUUCAACGCCACAAGGAUCAUCGCCGCCAACAUUGAGAACCGGGUCAAGGAGCUGAACAAGAUGGCCGACCAGAGCGAGAAAGCGAAGCAAGGAUUCUGGGAAGAAUUUGAGAUGUUACAGCAGCAGGAGUGCAAAUUUCUCUAUCCCAGGAAGGAAGGGCAGCGCGUCGAGAACAAGGCGAAGAAUCGCUACAAAAACAUCCUUCCGUUUGACACAACGCGGGUGGCUCUCCGGAACGCGGAUCCCAGAGUCCCGAGUUCCGAUUACAUCAAUGCCAAUUAUAUUAAGAAUACUCUGGAAGACGGUCACAGCGCCGAACACCGUAAAAUCUACAUCGCCACCCAGGGCUGUCUCCAAAGCACCGUCAAUGACUUUUGGACCAUGAUCUACCAGGAAAACACCCACAUUAUCGUCAUGACCACCAAGGAGGUCGAGCGAGGCAGGAACAAGUGUUUUCGCUACUGGCCGGAUCAAAAUUGUACGAAGGAAUUCGGCAACAUCGGCGUGGAGAACACCGGGGAGCGAGAAUGUCAGGGUUACUACAUCCGGGAUUUGCAGAUUGCACGGAUAGACAGGGAAGAACAGCCCAGAAAAAUUAAGCACUUCCAGUAUUUCAGCUGGCCUGAUCAUGGGGUCCCGAUCGAGCCAGGCGGAGUCCUCGGCUUUCUGGACCAAAUCAACAAGGCCCACAGAAAUAUUCCAGAGUCGGGACCAAUUGUGGUGCACUGCAGUGCUGGGAUAGGACGGACGGGCACCAUCAUCGUAAUAGACAUGCUGGUGGACACGAUUCACCGACAAGGCUUGCAUUGUGACAUCGAUAUCUCAAAGACAAUCCAGAUGGUACGAAGGCAGAGGUCGGGCAUGGUGCAGACGGAAGCCCAGUACAAAUUUGUCUACAUGGCGGUGCAACAGUUCAUCGCGAUGCAGCAGAAGGAGCUAGAAGAGGAACAGAGAUGUCUACGGAAGGACACAGGUUACUUAAAUAUCCGAUAUUUGCCGAUGGAAAAACCCAGGGCCAAAACCCGCCCUCCUUCGCCUCGGAUCCAGAUAGGAGUGGCUGACGAGGAAACGACUUCCGUCUACGAGAAUCUCAGUAUCAAAACCGCCAAAGUCUCAGGAUUUACUAACUCCGGAAGAUAGUUGCUAUAGCCCAGGCUGGAGACAGGUGGCUAUAAAGUAGGUAGGCAUGUGUCCAGGUGUGUUAUUUUGUGUUCUGAUUUGACAGACCGGUGGAUCGCGUCACCCAAGCACUGCAUCGUAGGACCCUCCUCUCCAGAAGCCCACCCACCCACAGCCGAACCCUGUUGAAUCCAGCCGACACUCGAAUAAUCCAUUUCAGGAUUAUUUGCCUUUUAGACUGAAAUAUCCCUGCGCUACGGUGGGGUGGGAGGAACGAAAAACUGAAACGCUGCAUCCUUUUCCCGUCUUGGCUUUUACGGAUGUGAUCAAACUCCUACGGGCUUCCCAAGGGUUGGUUUUUAAAAACGGCGCCAUCUGAAAGGACACCAGUUGUGUUUCUGCCUCAAGGUGUGUCGUUAUCUCCUCCAGGUCUGACCUAGGUUAAUUCCCACCUGGAUUUUCCAUCCUGAAUGUACCUUAGACUCCAGUUAAGGAAACUCUUGUCUUGUAAGACCAAUCGUUGGUCUGAUUCGGUGGGUUUCAACCUUG